UGAAACUAAACUACAGUCUGAAUCACAGACAUUUGAUACGUCAGAAGAGAUGGUGGCAUCUGCAGUUGUCUUUCUUACCAUGGGAAUACUCUCAGGAUAUUGUGCUGGUCAAGAUGUGUUUCCACCUGGACCUGUGAAUGGAACAUUGGGAGGAAAUGUGAUUUUCAAAACCACCAUCAAUCCAACCACACUUUUUGCAAUCAGCUGGACUUUUCGUGAACCCCCUGUCUCCGUUGUUGACUUUGUCAGUUCUUUAGGUCCUGUGAUCGGAGAGGGAUAUGUUGGUAGGAUCAGUCUGGACAAUAGCACUGGAUCUCUGGAGCUCAGGAAACUGACCCUGAUUGACAAUGGGCCAUACAGAGUGGCCCUAAGAACGGCUGCUGUUUCUCAGGUGGGAUCUACUUCACUGAUUGUCUAUGAGACCAUUUCAAACGUGACCCUGAGGGCCAACGUCAUUGAUCUAAUGGAACUGAAUGACACUGCCAUUUUCUCCUGCUCUGUGUCCUCUGGCUCCUCCCCCUUCUCUUACCGCUGGCUGAAUGGCAGCUCUGAGGUCACAGCCAGAUAUGGAAUUCAGCUUGGUGAUGGAGGCCGUACUCUCACCAUAGCCAAUGUGACCCGGUAUGACCAGGGGCCAUACAGGUGUAUUGUGUCCAACCCCGUCAGCAGUAAACCCAGCCAGAAUCUAACCCUCAUCAUCAGCUGUGAGUCGCUAACCUGCAUGUCUAAUAUAUCUGUAUGCAGAGAAAUUAAUUUAUGUAAACGUUGUAAAAAUGUAAAUGUAAAUGUUUACCUUUCACCAUGGACUUCGCAUACAGUGCUGUAGUUAUAUCUUGAUUUU